AUGCACGUGGCUAGCACGUGCCUCUUUCAUAACAAAGCCAGUGGGAGCAACAAUGGUUUUAGGGCUCUGGCGUAAAAACCCUAAAAUUCAAUUUCAGAUUAGCAGAAGAUAGAUGAUUUGAAAGUCGGAGAAAGAUGUGGCUUGGUAAUGUAAAAGCAAUUAAAAAUACAUUUGUGAGAUAUUACUCUAGAAAAGCUGCAGUGAACGUGAGGAAGAUAAACCCUAAAGUACCAACUCAGCAAGCUUAUUCAAUUGCUCAAUCUCUUUACGACAUCAUCAAGCAAAAUGGUCCUCUUUCCGUCUCCAACACUUGGAUUCACGCUAAGGAUGCUGGGAUUGAGGGGUUGAAUAGCAAAACCCACAUGAAAAUAAUGCUGAAAUGGAUGAGGGGGAGGAAAAUGUUGAAGUUGCUGUGCAAUCAUGUUGGUUCUACAAAGAAAUUUUUCCACACCACUCUUCCUGAAGAACCUCAAACUGAGAAGUCGGAGAAUGAGAAAGAGAAGGAGAAGCCUCCCAUAAAAAAGGGGAAGAAGCAAAGAGCAUAAGAUGCAGCUAGAAGAAGUUGACCUCCUAUUGUAUUUCUUUCAUGAUUGAUUUGGACUUGCGUAAUUCCUUUUUGGUUGCUGCACUUCCCUCUGUUAUCAACUAUGAUAUUGCUUAUGCUUUGGGUUUGAAUUCUGGUAUGUUCACCCCAUCAUUUUUCUCCAGAUGUAUUUAGAUGCCUCCUGGUAUACAAGAUACUAUUUCCCGGUUUUGCUAGAUGCAUGAUUGAUGAGUACUAAUGGUAUUAGUAGCACUCAUGCGUAUUACUAGAAUACUUAUCAACUAAUUCCCUAGCAAUUUCAAUGGUAUCAAAUGAAUAACAAGUUAGUUUUGCUUUCAAA